GCGGCGGCGGCGGUGGCGGCGGCGGCUCGGCCAGUACUCCCGGCCCCCGCCAUUUCGGACGGGGAGAGAGCGCGGCGCAGGCACUGAAGGCGGCGGCGGGGGCCAGAGGCUCGGCGGCUCCCAGGUGCGGGAGAGAGGCCUGCUGAAAAUGACUGAAUAUAAACUUGUGGUAGUUGGAGCUGGUGGCGUAGGCAAGAGUGCCUUGACGAUACAGCUAAUUCAGAAUCACUUUGUGGAUGAAUAUGAUCCUACGAUAGAGGAUUCCUACAGAAAACAAGUAGUAAUUGAUGGAGAAACCUGUCUCUUGGAUAUUCUCGACACAGCAGGUCAAGAGGAGUACAGUGCAAUGAGGGACCAGUACAUGAGGACUGGGGAGGGCUUUCUUUGUGUAUUUGCCAUAAAUAAUACUAAAUCAUUUGAAGAUAUUCACCAUUAUAGAGAACAAAUAAAAAGAGUUAAAGACUCUGAAGAUGUACCUAUGGUUCUAGUAGGAAAUAAAUGUGAUUUGCCUUCUAGAACAGUAGACACAAAACAGGCUCAGGACUUAGCAAGAAGUUAUGGAAUUCCUUUUAUUGAAACAUCUGCAAAGACAAGACAGAGAGUGGAGGAUGCUUUUUAUACAUUGGUGAGAGAGAUCCGACAAUACAGAUUGAAAAAAAUCAGCAAAGAAGAAAAGACUCCUGGCUGUGUGAAAAUUAAAAAAUGCAUUGUAAUGUAAUCUGGUAAGUUCAGCAUACUAAUUUCAGCAGAAAGCAGAUGUCUUUCACAGGUAACAAAGUAGCAACCGCUUUAGAACUACCUAGGUGUGGGAUUCUAAUUUGAAGUAUUAAAUAAUAAGAAACUUGUAGUUUGUUUCCACAAUUAAUACAUUUAUUUAUAUUUCUCAUUUUAUUUUUUUAAUUACAUUUAUUUUUCAUCUAAUGGGUAUUAAUUAUAAUUGAGAUGGUUUUGAUGCCUAUAGACUACUCUGCAUUUGUCAUAGAGUCUAGAGAGAAAAAAUAUGAGGAACUAUAUAAAGAAGGAGUAAGUUGAAUGGCCCAGAAGGUGGGAAAGGGUCACUCUUACAGUGUGUGUUUUCUUUUGGACAUUCCACAAGCAAAUACUUUUUCUGUCUGUGCUCUCUUAACUUAAUGGCAUCAACCUCACUUUUUUACCCAGAUGAGAAACCUGGAGUGUUGGGAUGACUCCUAAAUCCCUCUUUUUCACACCCAUAUGGAGGCAACCACAAAUUCCUAUUAUGGUACAUUCUAACUUUUGUCACAUCAUUAGUUCAGGCCCCUAUCAUUUCUUGCUGGGACUACUGUAACCUCUUACUUGGUUUACCUGUUGCUGCCUUCAUUCACAGCUCAGAGAGAGAGAUACUUAAAAGAAAUGUCAUUUUCUUAUCUUUAAAUCUAGUUACUGACUUCCUGUUACCUACAGAAUAAAAUCUCAAGUUUCUUAGCAUAUAUUUGGCUCUUAACACCUUCCUUCCCCUCUAGCCUUUGUCUUUAUCUCUUAAAAACUCCUUGUCUGAAAUUUUUUUGUCCUUAUGUAAAUCAACACCAUGUUAUUUCUUACCUUCCCCUGCGUCUUGGCUGUUGCUCUUGUUUGGAAUGCCAGUGUUCUUAUCCCCUAGUCUUACUAGUUAACACACUUUCAUGACAUCUCAUCUCUUGUUCUCUAAGAAUCUUUCUUUAAAAACCAUUAGACCGGGCAUAAUGCACUUCCUGUGUAUUCCCAGUUUACUGCUCUUAACUGUUACACACUUAAUUAACCAUGUUAAAUUGAAAUAACCGCUUCUGUGUUUGUCCUGUAUGGUGAGAAUCUUAGAGAGCCAGAAUCAUAUUUUUAAUCUUUGCAUGUCCAUGACCUAACGAGGUUCCUGGCACACAGGAGCUGCCCAGUUGGAUUGACUGAGUGGAAUUUCUCAACUUCCUUUCUAAACCAACCAAUAUUACAUUUGGUCUUGUUUAGAAAAUAUUUCACUCAAUAGGUGCCGGAAAAGUUC